GUAAGUAAUAUAUCGUGUGCUGGGGCGCACGCUAUCUCUCGACGUUGCUACUUGUGUCGUUUCAGUCUUCUCUCUGUCGUCUAGUAGUUCGGACCCGUCGAGUUUGUGAAUGACUCGUCUGUUACGCGCACAGUACGGCAGCAGCAGCAUCGUUUUAUUGUUACAUUGCUGCAAUGAUUUAAUUGCUUUGGAAACAACUCCCAUCGACGUCGACAACUCGGUUUGAGUGCCACUGACGUCAAAGCAACGUUUUUCUUUCAAAAACAAAAUUGUCGUUGACGUUUUGAUUCGGUUUUGGGCUUAAAAAAAGUUUAUUUUCUGUGGAAAUGUGCCGAUGAGUGUAGAGAGAGAAAAAGGGGACACACAGAGACAGUUUUUGGUAGAUUGAAUACAAACGAAGGUCGUUCUAAAUCACUGUUUCGUCGUGAAUAUCGAUCGACCUCCCAGCAUUAGCAGACGCCGCUCUCCUUUUGGCUUGGCCAUUUUCUUCCCUCGACGUCUUUGUGUGUUGUUCUCGCAUUUUUGUUUCAAGUUUUGUCUCUUCUUUUGCUGCAACUUUUUUCGUUUUUGGGUUUUGUUUUCUGCAUCACCUGUCGUGUCGGGCGUGUCUCAAUUGAAAAGAAAUUCUGAAUUCCGAGCUGUUCACCACCGGCAUUGAAAAUUCCUUCCAAGGCGGCUGACUCGGGACUGCUGCAGUUAUUAAGAUCCGAAAGGAUUUCAAAACUGGCCAAUAACAUGGCCUCGGCUAGGGCCGCGGUGCUGAGCGAAUGCACCCAGACUCAACGGGGAACGAGUGCCAGUCCCAAUGGGUCCAGUGGGUCCGGCAGCAGCAGCAGUAGCAGCAGCAGCAGUGGCAUCGGCAAUAGUGCCAGCAGCAGCACAUCCGGCAACACGACGACGUCGUCCAGCAGCUCGUCGAGCAGCAGCAGCAACAAUAACAAUAAUAACAACAACAACAACACGACUUCCAGCAGCACGAGCAGCACCAGCGGAGGAGGAGGCGGCGGCGGAAUCGGUCUGGUCGGAGGCAGUGGCACCACCAGCAGCGGUGCCACGAGCAACAUGGCCAUUUCCAGGGUACCCAGUCCUCCGCCUCCGGAAGCGUCCACGCCCGUCGCCGAGAACUGGUGUUACACUCAAGUGAAAGUCAUCCGUUUCAGCUACAUGUGGACAAUCAAUAAUUUCAGUUUCUGCCGCGAAGAAAUGGGAGAAGUUCUCAAAUCAUCGACUUUCUCUGCCGGAGCCAAUGAUAAGCUCAAGUGGUGUUUGCGAGUGAACCCCAAAGGGCUGGAUGAAGAGAGCAAAGAUUACCUGUCGCUCUAUUUACUGCUGGUCUCUUGCAAUAAAUCGGAAGUUCGAGCGAAAUUCAAAUUCUCCAUUCUGAAUGCCAAACGAGAGGAGACGAAAGCUAUGGAGAGCCAAAGAGCCUACAGAUUUGUUCAGGGAAAGGAUUGGGGCUUCAAAAAGUUUAUCCGGCGGGACUUUCUUCUCGACGAAGCAAACGGCCUCUUACCCGAUGACAAAUUGACGCUCUUUUGCGAGGUGAGCGUGGUGGCCGACAGUGUCAACAUUUCGGGCCAGUCCAAUGCUGUCCAGUUUAAAGUGCCCGAAUGUCGUCUAGCUGACGACCUGGGUCUAUUAUUCGAAAACCAGCGCUUCAGUGACGUCACACUCUGCGUCAAUGGACGUGACUUUCAAGCCCAUAAAGCCAUUUUGGCAGCGCGGAGUCCAGUAUUUGCCGCCAUGUUUGAGCACGAAAUGGAAGAACGAAAGCACAAUCGCGUCGAGAUCUCCGAUGUGGACCACGAAGUCUUCCGCGAAAUGCUUCGUUUCAUCUACACAGGCAAGGCGGCCAACCUGGAACGGAUGGCCGACGACUUGCUGGCCGCCGCCGACAAGUACGCCCUGGAACGGUUGAAAGUCAUGUGCGAAGAAGCCCUCUGCACCAACCUGUCGACAGAGAACUCUGCCGAAGUUCUGAUACUAGCCGAUCUCCACUCUGCCGAUCAACUCAAGGCCCAAGCCAUCGACUUCAUCAACACACAUGCAACAGAUGUGAUGGAGACAGCCGGCUGGAAGUCAAUGAUACGGUCUCAUCCUCAUCUGCUGGCCGAAGCUUUUCGAGUCUUGGCUACCCAGCAGAUCCCGCCGAUCGGUCCACCGCGGAAGCGCAUUAAGCAAAAUUGAGAAGAGAGAGAGAGAGAGUCAACAAGUCUUUGAACAGUGUCACCGCGCCCGUCCUUCACUCAACCAUCACUACCAUGGCCCAGACUCCGAAUCGUCCGUCUUCAUCUGCGUCCCCCACCUAUACGUAACCUUUUUUGCUGUUGCACACAUCAGUUUGUGAUGAGCUUACGAGAGAUUUCGAUUCGCUGAUACAAGAGAGACAAGCUGGAUAGAUAGAGGAAAAAACACAAAGUCUCUUUUAUGUUGUCGAUGCGUUGGUGGAAAGGUAAGGGGCGUUUGGGUUUCGUAGAUCUCGUGGACUGUAUUUGAGCGCCAAACCCAUCACCCACCCCGCUCCAUCUUGAAAUCGUGCCUUCCACAUGGUCAUCAGCCACAUUGGCAACUUUUGGAAUCCACAUCAUUGUCAAUUUUUGGUUUUCUUACAUUUCCCUUUUUUUCUUUAUUUCAAUUUCCCGCCUUUUUUUUAACUUUAAAUUUCAGGAGCUCAUCCUUCCUAACCACACCACCCAAGUCUUUGAGCUGAAUAUUCAACCACAAUCAAGUGGCGAAACCCUCCCCCCCCCCCCCUCAAAACGUCAAAUUGCAUUUAGAUGUGGGAUUCGUGUAGACGUUAAUAUAAACAAGAAUCGGAAAAAAAGCUGGGCAAUGCUUUUUCGUGAACACAUGGCGCCAUGUUCCUAAGCGUUUCAUAUUCGCGUGCAAGUAAAAACAGCCAAACGACAGGUUGGUUUUUUUUUAAGGCCAGUCUUCAUGUCGUCUACCAAUGUAUGCAUUUAUAUAUGUGGAGAUAUAUAUAUCUAGAUAUAUAUAUAUAUACUUUUAUUUAAUUCAUUUUUUUUUCUUAUUUUUCAAUGCCCCAAACACCGGCAUGAUGAACUAUAUAUAUAUAUAUCUGUAUAUAUAUAUAUAUUUACAUGUAUAUAUUUGUAUUCGUUAAAAUAUGACGCAUACCUGCCCAUGAUCUCUUCGAAAUUGAAGAAUGGUACUUUUUUUUUUUUUUUUUUUGUAAUAACAAUUUACGUCUCUGGAGGCAGUGUGUUAUCCCCCUACUUUUUUAAUUAUCAAUUUUUUUUUUCUCCGGUGAUGUUCUGAAAUAUCAAGUCUAGUAAGUGCCACACACAAAAGCAUCCAAUUUCAUUCUCUCUCAGAAAGCGAAUUGACCUAGUGUUAUGUCAUCUCGAGGAAUAUAGGCAAUGUUUCAGGUGUUGGGCACUCGUUCUGUUUUUUUUUUAAUUCAAUUUUUCUUCCUCUUCCUUCAGAAAUAUUAAGAUAUACUCCAUUAGCGAGUGCUGACUGAUCCUGACUUGAGAUUGGAGACGAAUUAGCCAGUAAUAGCCACCACCCCCUCCCCGUAAAUGCGCCCAUUUCCAUUUUUUCAGGACUCCGUUAUUGAUAAAUCAGAAUUCUGUACAAGAGGAACGUGUGAGCUCAGAGUCAUUCUGGCGACUUCAGUUUCCAGGCUAGAUCCCCUCGAAUAAGAACGUGAGCAGAUUCUUAGCUGUGAUACACAUCGUCGUUGUCCAGUAAUUGAGGAAUGCAAAUUGGGAGACACAAAAAAAAAUAAUAAUUAAAACAAAAAAAAAAAUAAAAUAAAUAAAUAAAAUUAAUUCAUAGAAAUGUUUGGGUUUUGUUUGGCUUGGUUGGGUGUCAGUAUUCUUUUUCCUGAGCGGAUGGUGUGACUUGGGUUUACAUGUCGGUGUCAUCUCUGUCUACCAUGUGUGAAAUGAACAGUUUGGACGACAUUCAGUAGCCGAUACUGUUCAUUCUGUGUGUUGCCAACCAAGCUGACAGAAACUGAUCUUUGCGGAACGUUCUUAUUCUGAGCUAAUUACAAAAUGAUUUCUUUACAAACAAAAUAAAAAAUACGUUUUGCGUAAAAAAUAAGCUUUCGUACUAGCAUCUUGCAGUUCUUUCCUGUUCUUUCUUUCUUUUUUUUUCGAGAAUUCCCACCAAUUUUUGCCAUGUUGAAAAGCGUGCCCAAGGGCGUAUUGAUCCUGAAAAAUGAUUUUGUUCUUGAAAUGUACAAAUGCCCUCUUCGCUUAUUUGUCAUCAGCGGAGCAAACGAUACCUCAAUAAUAUACUAUAGUUGAUCAUUUUGUUCCGAUAAUUGUUCAAUCAAGCAAUCCAUUCACCACGCAAACUUCGUCUGCAGCAGUUCUAUUUUCUAUGAAAAGUAGAUCGAACUCCAGAACAGGUUUUGGGAAAUUUAUCGUGCUUACUUCCGCACCGAUUGGCAACAAACAAAACAAAAAACAAAACAAUCUUGAGUUGACCUAUAUGAAACAAUGACUAGCGAGAGCGUUUAAGUAAAAAUAAGAAAGACAAAAAAAUCUUUGAAAUGAUGUCGGACAAAGGAAAAGAAGAAGAAGAAAAAAUUGGCUUUCUGUCUGAAAAUGAAAUUUGUUGUGAUUGUUCCUGUCAAAUGCAUUUAUGGACAAAACCAAUAGGUAUGGUUGAACGCUUUGCUGUUUUUGUUGUAUUGUUCAGCGCAAAAAGCUUCGUACUACGAUGACGAUUGCCCAUCCUACUUCGCGCCCUGUGUUCCACUGUAAAUUUGCCGUUAUCUGUUGUAGGUUUCUCCCAUUUGCUUCCACAUGUUGAUCGAACUCAAUACAUAUUUCACACACUCA